AUGGCAGGGAGUAACGUGAGCAAGAUUCUGUUGAUCGGCGGCACCGGUUACAUCGGAAAGUUCAUCGCGGAAGCCAGCGUCAAAGCCGGACACCCGACCUUCGUUUUAACCCGGGAGUCAACUCUUUCCGAUCCUUCUAAAUCAUCCAUCAUCAACAAAUUCAAAGACUUAUCUGUCAAUCUUGUUAUUGGAGAUCUCUAUGAUCAUCAAAGUUUGGUGAAGGCAAUAAAACAAGUUGAUGUUGUUAUUUCUACGAUAUCUCACUAUCGCGUCGCUGAUCAAGAUAAAAUCAUUUCUGCCAUCAAAGAAGCAGGAAAUGUUAAGAGAUUCUUUCCUUCUGAGUUCGGAAACGAUGUGGACAGGAGUCAUGCGGUUGAACCAGCAAAGAGUACAUACACCACUAAAGCCAGAAUCCGCCGUGCCAUUGAGGCUGAAGGAAUUCCAUACACUUAUGUGUCAAACAACUUCUUUGCUGCUUAUUUCCUAUCUACUUUGUCACAGUUUGGAGCUACAGCUCCACCGAGAGAUAAAGUUGUUAUCCUAGGAGAUGGAAAUCCCAAAGUUGUUUUUAACAAGGAAGAGGAUAUUGCUGCUUAUACAAUCAAAGCUGUUGAUGAUCCAAGAACCUUGAACAAAAUUCUGUACAUUAGACCAAAACAUAAUACAUUGUCUUUUAAUGAUCUGGUAUCACUAUGGGAGAAGAAGAUCGGUAAAACUCUUGAAAGAAUCUAUGUCCCCGAGGAAGAGGUACUCAAACAAAUUCAAGAAUCAUCUCCGUUAAGUACGAUGCUGUCGCUCGCUCAUUGUGUGUAUAUAAAAGGGGAUCAUACUAACUUUGAAAUUGAGGCACCAUUUGGAGUUGAAGCUACAGCUCUCUAUCCAGAUGUUAAAUACACCACUGUAGAUGAGUUUCUUAAUCAAUUUGUCUGA